AAAGUAGAGUAAAUUUUGAUGGGAGAGAUGGUGAUGAGAAGGGAGCUGAACAGGAAAAAGGUAGGAGAGAGAAAUGAAGGGAGGGAGGUUAUUUAAGGGAGAGAGAAGUCUGAAAGAGUAAGCAAAGCGGGAGCUCUGACCACCGGCUUGUCGAAUCCACCUUCUUCAACGCUUUUAUCAUAUUCUGGAUUAAGAAAGAGUGGAAAAAUAAGAGGAACAAUAAAAUGGCUGCUGGAGGGUCUGGUUCUGGGCAGCCACAAUUCCUUGUGAGGGCUGGGGAUGACAGUUUUUCGCAUGCUCCAUUGAUCGAGAACCCCGAAACUGAUCAGAUUAUUGUUCCUGAUAAGGAAAGCUGGAAAAACCUUUUUGCAUACAUGGGCCCGGGAUUUCUUGUUUCUAUUGCAUAUAUUGAUCCUGGGAAUUUUGAGACUGAUCUACAAUCUGGUGCACAGUACAAGUAUGGGUUGCUUUGGAUCAUAUUAGUGGCUUCCUUUGCUGCCCUCAUCAUUCAGUCUUUAGCAGCCAAUCUAGGGGUUGUCACGGGAAAACAUUUAGCAGAGCACUGUAAAGCUGAGUACCCCAAGGCACAAAAUUUCAUCCUCUGGGUCCUUGCUGAAAUUGCAAUAGUUGCAUGUGAUAUUCCUGAAGUUAUAGGAACUGCUUUUGCAUUGAAUAUGCUCUUCAGCAUUCCUGUUUGGUGUGGGGUUCUUCUGACAGGGCUUAGUACACUAUUACUUCUUGCACUGCAGCAAUAUGGGAUUAGAAAGCUUGAAUUCUUGAUUGCCUUUCUUGUGUUGACCAUUGCGAUUUGCUUCUUCCUGGAGCUGGGCUAUGCAAAGCCGGAUGUUGGAGAAAUUUUUUAUGGGCUGUUUGUCCCUCAAUUGAAAGGAAGUGGUGCUACUGGUCUUGCAAUUUCACUUCUUGGUGCUAUGGUUAUGCCACACAAUCUCUUUCUUCAUUCAGCACUGGUGCUCUCUAGGAAAAUACCCCGUUCCCUUUCUGGCAUCAAGGAAGCUUGCAGAUUUUAUAUGAUAGAGAGUGGUUUUGCUCUUAUGGUGGCCUUCCUCAUUAAUGUGUCAGUCAUUUCAGUUAGUGGUGCAGUUUGCAAUGCCCCAGAUCUAAAUAAAGAGGACCAAAUGAGCUGCAUUGACUUGGACUUGAAUAAAGCUUCAUUUUUAUUGAGAAAUGUAUUGGGUAAAUGGAGUUCAAAACUUUUUGCUAUUGCUUUGUUGGCAUCGGGGCAGAGUUCUACCAUAACAGGAACCUACGCUGGACAGUAUGUUAUGCAGGGGUUUCUCGAUUUGAAACUGACGCCAUGGAUCAGAAACUUUUUAACUCGGAGCUUAGCAAUUGUUCCUAGUUUGAUUGUUGCAAUCAUUGGUGGGUCUUCUGGGGCUGGGAAGCUGAUCAUUAUUGCGUCGAUGAUUUUGUCAUUUGAACUCCCUUUUGCUCUAGUCCCCCUUCUGAAGUUUACAAGCAGUAAGGCCAAGAUGGGACCACAUGUCAACUCUACUGCGAUUACAGUGUUGACAUGGAUUAUUGGAUUCCUCAUCAUGGCUAUCAAUAUAUACUACCUUAUGAGCCGUUUCAUCCAUGUGCUCCUUCAUAACAAUCUCCAUCUCGCAGCAGUCGUCUUCAUAGGGAUACUUGGAUUUUCAGGCGUGGCACUAUAUUUAGCUGGAAUUGCUUAUCUAGUUUUGAGAAAGACUAAGGAGAUAAGUCAUCUCUUAGCACUAACAACAGAAGAAAGCCGAAGACUGAGCAACGAUCCGAGUAAGACAUCGGGAUAUGAUCUCCCAAACGAAGAUAUAGUAAGCAUGCAGUUGCCUCAAAGAAUUAGAACUACCAAUGAUGUAAACUGACAGGGUACAUUAUAAUUAAAAACUUGAACCCCAUAGAAGGAAGGCAGAUCCUUGGGUGCUGGUUUCAUUUGUUUAGAAAUAGAACAAGCAAAUGAAACAAAAAAGCACAGAAAAAUGGAAAAAAGAAAAAGAAAAAGAAAAGAGUUCAAAAAUCAGCCUAAGCCAACUCUCUCUACCCAUAUUUAUUCCCCUACUUUCUGCCUACUUAGCCAAGCUAACUGCAUUACUUUUGCAGUGUUCACUUGAGCUUUCAAUUAGGGUUUUAAUUAGCAACAAUAAUUAGAUACUUACCUUUUUGCCCUAAUAUCUUCUCAGAAAUGUCAUUUUAUUUUUCUUG